AUGUCCAUUCCCAACGAGGCCCUGCAGAAGCUUCUGCAGGAGAUUGAGCAGAAGGCUGCCUUCUCCCAGCAACAAAUCACCAUCGUCAAGGCCCAGAUGACGGCCAAGGCCCGCGAGCAGCGCAUGCUGCAGCUUACCUCCAGCGAGGUUGACUCGCUGCCGAAGGAUACGAAUGUCUACGAGGGCGUCGGCAAAAUGUUUGUGUGGAGCCCGGUGGAGGAUGUGAAGAAGCGUCUGGCUUCGGAGAGCGAAGAGUUGAAGUCGGACACGUCCAACCUGGAGAAGAAGCUCCACUACUUGGAGACGACGUACAAAAAUAGCCGCGACAACCUCGAGCAGCUGUUCAAGACUGGUCCCAAAUGA